GGUGCACCGCGGCAAGAAGCAGGUAGUAGUGGUAGUAGCCGUAGUGGUAGCCGUAGUGAUAGCCGUAGUGGUAGUGGAAGUGCGUUUGCACGGCAGUCGGUCGGGACCGCGACACGCCGGCGUGCAUGUUGGCGGUGGAAAAGUCGACGCGGAGUCGUACCAGUGCCGAUAACAGUGUACCGUUCACGUUCCGCGUGACAUGUAACCGACCGCGGCGAGCGGCGCGACACCGUACCUGCACCACCACCACCACCACCACCACCACCACCAGCACCACCUGUGUUCCACAGUCACCGACGGCACCACCUGACAGCAGCCGUAGCAGUCGUCGGCUGGCAACCGGUGCGGUGAGCAUGCCGCCGUUCGCGCGCUAACAAUCGGACCGGCGGCGCGGCCGGCGAUACUGUCAUUCCGCCGCACAGCAUGGCCUCGGUCGCCGCUUGGCUGCCGUUCGCCCGGGCGGCAGCCAUCGGUUGGGUGCCGAUCGCCACGCACCCGCUGCCGCCGCCGCCGGUGCCCAAGGACCGGCGGAAGAUCGACGAUGAGAAGCUGCUGAUCAACGUGUCGGGGCGACGGUUCGAGACGUGGCGCAACACGGUGGAAAAGUACCCGGACACGUUGCUCGGGUCCAACGAGCGCGAAUUCUUCUACGACGAGGACUGCAAGGAGUACUUCUUCGACCGGGACCCGGACAUAUUCCGGCACAUACUCAACUACUACCGCACCGGUAAGCUGCACUAUCCCAAGCACGAGUGCUUGACCAGUUACGACGAGGAGCUGGCGUUCUUCGGCAUACUGCCGGACGUGAUCGGCGACUGCUGCUACGAGGACUACCGGGACCGGAAGCGCGAGAACGCGGAGCGGCUGAUGGACGACAAGCUGUCGGAGAACGGCGACCAGAACCUGCCGCAGCUGACCAACAUCCGGCAGAAGAUGUGGCGCGCGUUCGGCAACCCGCACACCAGCACCGCCGCGCUCGUCUUCUACUACGUCACCGGGUUCUUCAUCGCCGUCUCCGUCAUGGCCAACGUGGUGGAAACGGUGCCGUGCGGCCACCGGCCCGGCCGCGUGGGCACGCUGCCAUGCGGCGAGCGCUACAAGAUCGUGUUCUUCUGCCUGGACACCGCGUGCGUCAUGAUCUUCACCACCGAGUACCUGCUGCGGUUGUUCGCCGCCCCGGACCGGUGCAAGUUCAUGCGCAGCGUGAUGAGUAUCAUCGACGUGGUGGCCAUACUGCCGUACUACAUCGGACUGGGCAUCACCGACAACGACGACGUGUCCGGCGCGUUCGUCACGCUCCGCGUGUUCCGGGUGUUCCGGAUAUUCAAGUUCUCGCGGCACUCGCAGGGGCUCCGCAUACUCGGCUACACGCUCAAGUCGUGCGCCUCCGAGCUCGGGUUCCUAGUGUUCUCGCUGGCCAUGGCUAUCAUCAUAUUCGCCACGGUCAUGUUCUACGCCGAGAAGAACGUGGAUGGCACCAAUUUCACGUCCAUCCCGGCUGCCUUUUGGUACACCAUCGUGACCAUGACCACGUUGGGGUAAGCGUUUUCUCGUUUUUUUUUUCUCUCUCGUCAUCUUUUCUGCUGCCCUCGUACCGCAAUUAUUAUUACCAUAAUUAUUAUUAUUAUCAUUUGACCACCACCACCGGUGUGCCAUGCGUACGCGCCGGCAUGCGACCUGUGUU